CAGCCUGGGCCUGGCCUAGAAAGGCCCACACAGCUCUCCUCGGCACCCAGCCCCUUGGAGCCACCAUGAGCCAGCCCCAACACCCUGGGCCGGGUGAGGCUGCUCCAGAGACCCUCCUGGGUGACCUCAUCAGCUACUACCAAGAGGAGGCAGGGGCCGGCCGGCUCCGGGUCUGCAGGCAAGCAGCCCUCACCCACAGGGCCCGGCGGUUCUCCGACAUGGGGCCCCCCCUUCAGCUCUAUCCGCCUGAACUUGUGGCCUCCAAUCUGCGGGCCACUCACUCCCAGGGGGCACCCAGCCCUACCCAGCCUGUCUGCCAUGAGCUGGUGCAGGCACUAGAGUUCCUGGAGCUAAUAUCUGUCAACCUACUUCUGUUUCCCUGGAGGAAGGAAAUCAGGUCCCUGAAGACAUACACUGGAAACUUUGCCUACCGAGUGCAGCCUGUGCUUUCUGAACAAACACUGCACACCAUUCUGGGCAGGCUGGGCUAUGUGGCCACCUCUGAGGCAGAGUUUUCGCUGGUCCAGGCCAUCAGCAAGGAGGACGCCGAGCAGAUGGUGUUUGAAAUCUUCCUGGCGAGAGUUACAUGUGAGGCCAUUCUGGGGACCUCGAGCAGGCAGGUCCUGGGACUGGGCAGAGAGAAACCCUACUGCAGGCGCAGCUCCAAGAGAAAGCUGGCGAAGGCCCACAACUGCCCCGAGGGGGCCCAGCCAGGCCCCCAAGAAGGGCUGGGAUCUGAGAGGGCCCUGGCUGAGGGCCCUGACCAUCAGAGCACUGUGCCAACGGCCCCGAGCCUGUCUGAGGUCUCAACAUCCCCCCGCACCCUCCGUGCCGGCCCCCAGCUCCCCCUGGACUCCCGGCGCCGUGCCAGCACACGCUCGGACAGUGAGGAGUUCUUGACCUGCUACAGUGACCUUGUUCUGCACCGGACACCCCUGUUCCCCAGGGACUUUCCCCUGCGCGGCCUGAAGGGAGACCAAGCCCAGGGCCCAGCCCUGGCUCCCAGCCCACCUGCAGGUGAAGCGCUCACCUCCUUGGGCAGCAGCGGUGAGUGGUCCCUGGUCCCCAGUGCAGCUCCUGAGAGCAGAGUGGUCAUCAUCCCCAGGCAGCCCCGGCUGACACCAGGCCCCCAGUUGUCAGGGAAACCCUUGGACCCAAAGCCAGAAGCACAGCCGGAGCCGACCGCCCCUGACGCAGACACUGUUCCUCCAAACACUUCCUCUGAGUUGGACGAACUCUGUGAACACCUCUCCCACCUCCUCGGACCCCCAACUCUAGCAGACCAUCCUGGGGGCCUCUCAGGCCCUGGGGUUGAGGACACUAGUCAAUCAGAACCUCUCACGGGGCUAGAGCCAGCCGCUGAGGCCGGGGGCCCAGACAGUAGAAUCACCAAACUCUGGAGGCCUACUCAAAACCCCCUCAUGUAUGAGGGCCCCCGACACUAUGUUCCCCCAGGGGAGCUGGAGGGGCCAGUUCUGACCCAAGAACACCACCCAGGCAAUAGCUAAAAAAUGUCACCCCUGGAUAAUACAGGGACAGAGACCCAGACUGCUCUUCCACCAGGGAAGUGACCCCUUGGAGAGGUGGCAGAUCUGGAACCCACAGCUUGUCAGGGGUAGAGAUCAAUCUGCUAAGCAAUCCGUCUGGUCUCAAGUCCCACCUACUGACUGUUUGACUUUGGGCCACUCGCUCUGGCUCUCUGAGCCUUGUUUCCUCACCUGUGUGGUCGGACCUGCUCACAGGAGCCUGGGAAGUGUCCAUGAGGUGAGGUGAGGUGUGCACAGUGCCCCUCGGUGCUUCCCUUGGCGGGGGGUGCUUCCGGUCCCUUCCCAUCCCCACUAAGUGUGUGACCCUGGGCAUCUCUGAGGGGCAGUUUCCUCCAGCAUCCUCAAGGGAACUGUCACAGGACAGGUGAAGAAAGCUGUGUAGAUAACUACACCCUUAAUGCGCUUAGACUACUCUGUCAGCCUCCCUGCUCUGUCUGCUAACUUCUGGUUAAUAGAGAACAAAACCAUUCCCGGGAGCACAGGAUCACACGCGGGCUCUGCAUCCAUGGGUUGGGGGCUCCACUCAUCUGGGCUGCGGCGCCCCCUCCCCCAGCCAUCUCUUGCCCCCACACGUGCACACGCACCUCACAAGUGGGCACAUCCAGAGGUGCUGCUGUUCCCACAGUAUUCCCACCCGCUCGCUCCAAGCAAAUGACCCCAUCUCUUUGUGAGCUAAAGCCAGAGAGGAUCCUGUCUGAACCAAGUCCUGUGACUUUCUUGCUCAAUUCUCCCCAGGGACUCCCAAGGCCACACCAAGCCCCACAGGCCCCUCACUAUCCUUUUGAUCUCAUUUCCUGCCUCUUUCCCCCCAGCCUACUGCAGACAAGACAAACUGGCCUCUUACGGGUUCUCAAACAAGCUAAGCCCACCCCUACCUCCCAGCCUCUGUGCAAACUGUUCCCUUUCCCCACUUCACAUCCCAUCUCUAUCUUUCCUGUUAUUCACAACUCACCGUAAAUGUCAUCUCCUGGAGAGGCCUUCCAUGGCUACCCAUCUAUCACAUCAACUUAAUUUUCUGCACAGACAUUUUAUAUGUACUUAUUCAUUUUCCAUCCCCCCCCCCCACCGCCCUCCUAGAAUAUAAGCUCUUCGAGAAACUUCAUCUUGUCUCAUUCACCUCUGUUUCCAGGGAUCCAUCAAAUGAGUAGAAAACUUAGAAAAUACAGAUGGACAUAAAAACAAAAGCAGCAGUUACCAUAAUAUCCACACUGGGAGACACCCAAUGUUAGGAUGUUAAUGCAAUUCCUUCUGGUCUUUUUUUUCAAAUUUGGGAUUGUAGUAUUUACAGUGUUGUGUUCUGCUUUUCUUUACCACGAAGGGAGUUAUUGUAACUAAUUUCAGAUUUAAAGAAAAGUUGUGAAAUAAGGCAAGGAAUUCCUUUGGAACCCUCACUUUGUGUCCCCUGAAAAUGACAUCUUAUAUAACUACAGUAUGAUGAUCAAGAACAGGCAAUUAACACGAAGACAGUAUGAUUAACUAAACUACAAACCUUUUUUUAAUGUGACCAGUUUUCCCAUGACUACCCUUUCUCCAUUCCAGGAUCCUUUCCAGGACCCCAUAGGGCAUUUGUCCUUUUUCCUUCAUCCCCGCCGGUCUCUGCCCCAGUCUGUUACAGUUCCUUAGCCUUAGUUUUGUCUUUCCUCAUCUUGAUGCUUUUGGUCAAAACUUAAUACUGAUUUUGUUGAAUGUCCCUCAGUUUGAGUUUGUCUGUUUUUUUUUUUUAUAGUUGAAGUGAGGUUAUGCAUUUUGGCAAGAAUACCAUUAAAAAUGAUGCUGUGUCCUCGGUGCAUCUUACCAAAGGGUUCAUCUUAUUACUGGUGAUACUAACGUGCUGCAUCCCUGGAAUAAACCGCUUGUCCUAGGAGCCCUGGUGCCUCUUACUGGAAAAUGAUGUUUAGACACCAAGACCCAGGUGCCAGGUGUGCUGUUACUGGGUGUCAUUGCUUCCAAGCCCACUCGGGGGGCAGUCAGGAAACAUAUGGAUGUGUACUAACCCAGGCAUAUACAUAUGUGAGUUUAUUUCCAAAUCUAUAUAGAAUUUUAAAACCAUGAGUGUUUAUGGAUUCCUCUGAUUUUUUUUUAUUUAAAAAAAUUUUUUUUUCAACGUUUAUU